AUGGCGAGCGACAACUCAUCCUCUGAUGAGGGCACGGCGGCUCCGAGCCCGUUCGUCGGGACAGCUCCCGAUGCUGGAUGUAGCGAAGACCAUGAUAUCGCGGUCAUCGGCUAUGCCUGCCGCGUAGCAGGUGACAACAACUCUGGAGCCCAACUCUGGGAUUUCCUGAUGAACAAAGGGGAUGCUUGCGGUGAGAUGCCAGCAGAGCGAUGGCAAUCGUGGAGAGAUCGACAGCCAGACAUGGCCAAAACACUGGAUCAGACGACGUCGAAAGGAUACUUUAUCAACGACAUCAAGGGGUUUGACGCACAAUUCUUCGGCAUCUCAGGCCGCGAAGCAGUGCAGAUGGACCCGCAGCAGCGCAUCAGCUUGGAGGUCGCCUGCGAAGCCCUCGAGCACGCAGGCAUCCCGCUACAGAGCCUUGCAGGCUCAGACACUGCUGUCAUUAUGGGCGUCAAUUCGGACGACUAUUCCCGGUUAAUCCUUGAGGAUCUAGACAACAUAGAUGCCUACAUGGGCAUCGGUACAGCAUACUGCGGCAUACCCAACCGCAUUUCGCACGCGCUCGACCUUGCUGGUCCAACCUACGCUGUAGACGGUGCGUGUGCGUCUUCGCUCGUCGCUAUUCACCAAGCCAGACGCGCUUUGCUCGCAGACGAAACGUCUCUUGCCAUAGCGGGAGGCGUUAAUGCACACAUCAGUCCAUACUUGACCCGUGUGCUAGACGUAGCUGGUGCCGUUUCCCCCGAAGGCCGGUGCAGAUCUUUUGACGACUCAGCAUCCGGAUACGGCCGUGGUGAGGGGGCUGGUAUCGUCGUUCUCAAGCGACUCUCAGAUGCUAUCCGAGAUGAGGAUCGAGUGCUCGCCGUGCUCAAGGGAUCUGCAGUAGGCUCGGACGGGAAGACCCUCGGCAUCAUGGCCCCCAACCAGUUCGCACAAGAACAAGUCGCUCGGGAUGCACUCAAGGAAGCCCGCCUCCCAGCUAGCGCCGUGGAAUAUAUCGAGGCACACGCGACAUCCACCCCAGUAGGAGACAAGACCGAAUGUGCAGCCAUGGCGUCGGUCUACGGCUCAGCGCGCCUGCCCAGCUCGCCCGAUUGUUUCAUCGGCUCGAUCAAGCCCAAUAUCGGGCAUUUGGAAGCCGGCGCUGGUGUAAUGGGCUUCAUCAAAGCAGUUAUGACCGUGGAGAAGGGUAUCAUUCCACCACAAGCAAAUCUGGAGAACAUCAGCACAAAAGUUGACUGGAAAGCUGCGAGGAUCCGGCCCGUCAGAGAACCAACACCUUGGGCCACUACCAGGAGGAGGCGCACCGCUGCUGUGGCCUCGUACGGCUACGGCGGAACAGUAGCGCAUGCCAUCGUCCAGGAGGCGCCUAGAUAUUCCUCUUUCCGAGAGAUAAUGGGAAACAAACUGCCGUCAGGCCAGCCGGUCAUGCUGCCCCUCUCGGCGCCGCAGGAUGAGCGCCUCCGCAAGCAGGCUCGAACUUUAGCCGACUGGCUCCAACAGCAGCCGGAUGAGCUCGACAUGAACUCAGUAGCAUGGACGCUGGCGGUCAAACGCAGCCAGCACAGGCGUCGUGCAGCCAUCGUGGCUGAGAGCAAGGCGCAAGCCAUCGAGCUGUUGUCGUCGGUGGCACAAGGCGUGAAUCAUCCCCAAAUCAUUCUUCAAGAAAAAGGUGUCAUCAAAGCACCCGAUUCAUUCAGGAAAGAGGGCGCCGUCUGGGUUUUCAGCGGCCAUGGCGCACAAUGGAAGGGCAUGGGCCGCGUACUCCUGGAGACGGAUCGGGCAUUCGUCGACAUCGUAAAACAGCUCGAACCCAUCAUCAAGGACGAGAUGGGCUUCUCCGUCACUGACGCAUUACUCGCGGGCGAUUGUGACGAGACCGCUAAGGCGCAGGUCCUAACAUAUGUUAUGCACAUCGGCAUCGCUGCCGUUCUGCGUGAGAAGGGAGCUCGACCACAGGCCUGUCUGGGGCAUUCGCUCGGCGAGCUUGCAGCGGCUGUUGUUGCCGGUGCGUUGACUCCAGCUGAGGGAGCCAUCAUAUGUUGCCGGCGAGCUGUGCUCUACCGCCGGGUUGCGGGCAAAGGAGCUAUGGCUCUUGUAAAUCUGUCUGCCUCUGAGGUGGAGAAGGAGCUUAACAGAAGCGAGAGUGGCGACGACAAUCUUGUCAUUGCCAUUUACCCGUCUCCAGAGUCCACUGUCAUUGCGGGCGAUGCGCGCGGUGUGGAUGCUGCCAUCGCACGCUGGCAUGCAAAAGGCAUCAUGGCCAGGAAGGUCAAGACGGAUGUUGCAUUCCACAGCCCCACUCUCGAGCAAUUAGUUGACCCACUGCGUGCUGCUCUUGGUGAGGCUCUGCGACCAAAAGAGCCGUUGAUGCCAAUUUACUCGACGUCACUGGAGGACCCACAAGCUCUCGAUGCCCGUGGGGCCGACUACUGGAUUGGAAACAUGGUGAAGCCAGUGCAGCUUACAAAGGCGGUCCAAGCGGCUACAAGGAAUGGCUUUCGGACCUUCGUCGAAGUGUCGGCACACCCUAUUAUUGCCCAUUCGAUCCAAGAGACCCUCGACGCUGGCGGAGUGGCCGAUGCAGCCAUCAUUCCCACCGGCAUACGCAAUCAGGACGAGAGCAAGAUGAUGCUGCUCGCUCUGGCCAGAUUGCACUGCGCCGGGGAUGUAAUUGCGUUCAAUGAGGGCCUACCUGGAUGGUGGAACCAUGAUGUGCCAGGCACAGCGUGGCAGCAUCAACCUUUCUGGCCAAAGAUUGAGAAGCAAAAACAACGCGCUGGCCACGACCGUUCGGUCGACGUCAAAGGCCACAAGCUGCUCGGGGCGAAGACUAGUAUCAACGGCACGAAAAUGACGCUAUGGCAGGCGUAUUUGCACGCGGGAGCCAAGCCGUUUCCUGGGUUACAUCCCCUUCACGGGUCCGAGAUUGUGCCCGCCGCUGUCCUUCUAAACACCUUUCUCUCGCUGGCACACACUAAUUCGCUGCAAAAUGUUGGACUACGUACACCAGUGGUCGUAGAACCACCACGUGAGGUACAGGUGUUGUUGGACGACGGCAAGAUGUCUGUCUCAUCCAGGCUGGCGGCCGGUGAGGACGAGGAAAACAGCCAUUCGUGGCUGACUAACACCGUGGCGAACAUCGGAGUAGCCAACACAGGGUCUAAAAUCGGACAGACUAUUGACUUGGCCAGCGUCAGAGAACGUCUGUCCGAGACCCUGCCACCGUCCUUCUCCAUUGAUUACCUCGCGAAUGUUGGUGUCUCGGACAUGGGGUUCCCCUGGAAAGUGACAGAGCAUCUGCGCAACGACGAUGAGUUCCUCGCUGUGGUCGAUGCAGACCCGCAGAGCAAAGGCGACUCCCCUCACUGGGGUGGGCAGUCAUGGGCUUCCGUACUGGACGCCAUGACAUCUGUGAGCUCAACCAUAUUCUGGAAGCAGCCGCUGCUACGAAUGCCGACCAGUAUCGACUCUGUAACUCUGCUUCCCGGCGCUUCCGCUCCUAAGGUCACCUACAUGUACGUUCGCAGGCGGACUGAGGACGAGGAGGAGUUCGCAGCCGACAUGGUAGUAUGCGACGAGCAGGGCACUGUGCUAGUCGACGUCGACAACCUGGCAUUCGCGGGCAUCGAGGGCAAUCCAGACAGUAUCAAAACCCACGAGGGCCUGGUACACCGGAUUGCAUGGCCACCGGCACAGCUGGCGGAAGAGAGGCGUGAGUUCGAUGAGGUCGUUUUCCUAGCACCCGAAAGCGCAGCCAAAACAGUGGAAGCGUGGAGCAUGGAUCUGAGCCGCCAGGGUGUGCGAUCGCGGUUUGAGGGCGACCCCAACGCUGUGACCCUCAGCGUGUGUCCAAAGGCGGUGGUGGUAGUCGUGGCCGAGACGACUCAAGAGAUUGACAACGUCGCGGCCGUGUCACUACGCAACUGCGAGCGGCUGGCAACCACUGUGCAGCAACUCUGGAACGCAAAAACCGCGACGACACUGUUCUGCGUAACGCAAGCCGCAUAUGGCGGCAGCAAUGCAGCAGCCCUCUCACAGUCCGCACUGAUAGGACUCGCGCGUAUCGUGCACAGCGAACAUCCAGAGCUGUUUGGAGGUCUGAUCGACACUGAGCAUGCCGCGGCCGCAUUCCCACUGCAGGCGCUUAAAUAUGUGCGCGGCAUCGAUGUGACACGCAUUGAGGAUGGUGUAGCUCGAUGCGCGCGCCUGCGCCCGUUGUUAGAAUCCUCGUUGAAAAGUACUCAGAUGGCUCCGAAUGGUCUCUCCCAGCCCCAUGGCCCCGGAAACGCUAGCAGCGGGACGUUGCGAUUGAUACCCCACCACGCGACCUAUCUCAUCACUGGCGGACUCGGCGCUCUCGGAAUCGAGACGGCACGCUGGAUGGUGGAGAGAGGAGCAACACAUAUCGUGCUUGCGUCACGGCGAGGCGCGAAUGCCGCUGCCGUCCGCAGCAUCGUCAAGCUACAGAAGCGAGGUGCCUCAAUCCACGUCGUGGCGAUUGACAUUGGCGCGGCUGAUGCGCAAGAGCAGCUGCAGCAUGCUAUAGAUAGGCUGAACUUGCCGCCGGUGAAGGGCGUGGUGCACGCGGCUGGGAUGCUGGCCAACGAGACGGUGGCCGACCUGACCCCAGGCGCGCUCAGUGCGGUCGCGAAACCCAAGGUCUCUGGUGCUUUGAACCUGCACCGCAUGUAUCCUCCUGGGACGCUCGAUUUCGCCGUCUGGUACUCGUCCUGCGGUCAGCUGCUAGGCUUUCCAGGGCAGGCUUCGUACGCGGCCGCAAAUGCCUUUUUGGACUCAUUGGCUACCCAUCGCCGCAGCAUGGGCGAUGCAUGCUGCGUCAGUAUUCAGUUCUCCAGCUGGCGUGGACUCGGCAUGUCCACAAGCACGCGGUACAUCGACGCCGAACUUGAGGCCCGCGGUAUUACAGACAUCACUCGCGCAGAGGCCGUGUUCGCGCUGGAGCUGCUUCUGUGUACUGACAUCGACCACGCUGCUGUGCUCCGCGCUCGUCCCUUGGAAGCUGGGGAUCCACUGCCACAUCCCAUUCUGCGGGAUUGUGUCUCACACGUUCCAGCGCCCGUCAAUUUGUCGGGCGGGACGGCUGACACAACGGCCCCCAAGUCGUUGAAGGAGCGCAUUACCGAAUGCGUCGCGGCGGUAUUAUCGCUCUCGGUCGACAGCAUCGACGAGCACACGGCGCUGGUCGAAUUGGGAGUGGACUCAAUUAUGACGGUCGGACUGCGGCGCCACCUGCAGAAGCUGGGGUUGGAUGUGGGACCGACCUACCUCUGGACCUGUCCGACGGUGGCGCAUCUGGUUGCGCACUUCAAGGCUGAGGACUCUUGA